AUGGACUCAAAGCCGGCAUUCACUUUCAACUCAAGUAGUUGGUCCGGAUCAGGCCUUUUUGGGUCAGAUCAAGGUCCAGCGCCCACCAUCCAACGUACAUCGGACGGCCGCCGCAUUAGAGUCAAAUUACCGUCUUCAACUCAUAUUGUAGGUAUAUCUACCAUUUCAAAAAACGAGAAGCGCCAGAAACUGGAGAACGCUCGCAAUCAACGCCCAUCUUCUUGGUCUAUACACACAUCUGAGAAUGACGAAGAUGAUGAUGGCGACGAUUCGAAUCUCGUCGGAAGUGAAAGCGAAGAGCUGCAGUCAAGUGACAACGAACGUAAGAAGCCGAGAGAUGAUGAUUUCGAUAAUGGAGAAGUGCUCAGCGAUGGAGAUGCAGAAGAAUUGGACGAACAGAUUCCGGAGGAAGAGGUGACCGCUCUUCCCCCGGAAUCCAAGGAGUCUUGUGUGCCUUGUGGGACCCCGCAGAAAGAGGCGCGGACCGACAUUCUUCCAGGAGCAGUUGCACCUGUACUGGACGACAAGGAAGGCACGACAAGAACUUGGUCAAAUGGUGUCGAGGAAGGCGAUACAGCAGGCACGAAAGACAAACCAUCAGAGGCUUGGAACACAUCUUUCGAAUUCCCUCUCCCCGAAUGCCCUCCAUUGAACCUUUCCGAUGAGUUGUUGUUCAAUGAAGUCUUCAAGAUUCAAGAAAUCGACCAAACAUACCACGUAUGUCGAGGUCUCGAUGAACAGCAAGCUCAGUGUACAUCCAAGGUCCCAAGCAGCUACAGCUUCGGCAUCAGAUUCUUACAGAUGUCUCUCGCAAAUGGAGAAAACAUACGCGAAUCCAAAGGCAAAGCUCUCGCGAUGUAUAGUCUGUGUGGCAAACACACGUCGCAGUCAGAGAAUCUUGCACAGGAAUGGAUACGGCUUGCGAAUCUGACCAAACCUGCGCGAAAGUACUGGAUGGAACGACAGAAAUCUCGGUCAGUCGACCGUACAACCUGGCCAAAAUUGUGCGCAGAAUUCGCGGCCGCUGAGGUUCGCCGAGCGCUAGUCCAAGAUCAGGUCGGGCAGAAAGGAUACAUGGAGUCGGAGAAAGUAAUAGACUCGCUGCGGAAGAAGGUCGCCAGUCUCGAGAGUCAGGCCAAUGUACCAUCGAACGACCCACCUAAGAGCAGUCUUACAGAGGUUCCAGAGAAGAUCUCCGCUCUAGAACAACGAGUCGCCAUACUCAUGUCGGAAAAUACGGCAUUCAGAGUAGCCAGAGAGUCCAACGAAAUUGAAUUCGAGAAAGAGAGGGAACGCGCCCAGCGCGACCUCUCGGAUGCGAAGAACCUCUACAAAGAAUCUCAAGAGACCGCCGAGGCGCUUCGCAAAGACAUCGACUCUCUGCAGUCAUAUUUGGAUAGGGCGGAGACCAAAGCAAUUACAUUUAAAGAUUCACUAGAUGCAACGCAAGCUGCGCUGACCAAGACGGAGAACCGCCGCCGAGAGCUUGAGGUUAGACUCGAAGAGAGGAUGGCGCUGGGGACGAAGACAGAAGACCCGCCCGAGACGAAGCUCGAGAAAUAUCUGCGUCAGGAGCUGGAGAGAUCUCAGCGGCAGUCCCUACAGCAGCAGAAAGACUGUGAGAAGAUGAGGGAGGAGCGUGUGCGACUUCAGAUAACGAAUGCGACGCUAGAAAGCCAGGUCAGGCAGAUUGAAGUCGCCAAGGAAGAGCUCAGGCGUGACUCUGAUAAAGAUAGGAAAGAAUUUAAGGAAAAGAAUCUAGAGCUAUUGAGUCAGAUCAAGCACAUCGAAGGAAUUAAGGAGGAGCUCAAGCGUGUGUUCGAAAGAGAGGCUAAAGAGCUGAACGAAAAGAAUGCAUACCUUUCGAGUCAAUUGCAGAAUGCUAGGGCCCACUUUGAGCAGCUGAAGGAAGUUUUGCCAGACAUGGAGAAGGAGAACAAGGGAGAGGCGUCGAAGUCGAAGUUCAGUCUGAGGGAUAUCUACAGGAGGCCAAAGAACGAACCUUCCAGGCCGCAGACAACGUCCAGUAAUUAG